AUGGAAAACAGACUCACUAGAGAGGAGAUGGACCGCGAGUGUGCUGAAAUUCUCGGCCCCGACGGCAUCCCCCCUCUCGAUUAUCCGAACAACAGCAGACAGGCAGCUCAACAAAGUGGUGAGGUUUUCGAAUAUGAAAACGAACACCCGUGGGCCGCGGCCACCACUCACCAUCCAGACAGGCUUCAAGGCUCAGGGAGUGUUCAACAGGGAGGACCUCCACCAGCGGAUCGAACCAAAACACCUGACAUCGAGCCGUUAGCCCGAGCGGUUGUUUCUGGCUCCAGUAAUGUCGCCUCGACGCCGGUCACUCCUUCGGACGGCUCUCAGUCUAUUCAUCACAAUCUCCGAGGCUCAGGGAGUGCUCAAUAG